AUGAGCCGCGGCGUGCUGCUGCCCCUCUCGGCCGUGCUGCUGCUCCUCUCGUCCCUUGCGGCAGAGGACCUUCCGGGUGGGAGCGUCACUCUUUUGCGGACGACGUCGGUCGCGCUCGGGGACGUGAACGGAGAUGGCAAAGUUGACAUCGUCGUUGCCAACAGUCCUGCGGAACUAUGGUACGCCGGCGUACCAAACCAGCUGCUGCUCGGCAGCGCGAUGGGCGGUUUUGAGGAGGCGGUGACCCUUAUGGGCGGGAGCUUAACCACUUUGUCAGUCGCGCUCGAAAGCGAGUCGCAGUACUUUGAUCGUGCGCAGCGAGGCUGUGUUGACUGCCCGGCGGCGGGCGUGCGCUUUGCCAUUCUUUUGGGUAUCGCUUUUGCUGCUGCAGGGGCAGGCGUUCUCUGCUACCUCGCACUGACCCGCGUUGCGAUUCUCGGCCGUGCUGGAGCUCGCGCCGCGCACCGUCUCGCGCGCAUCGAAUUCAGCGUCGGCUUUCAGCCCAAGCUCAAGGUCCUGGUCAGCUUUUACCAGAUUGGCGCAACGCUCGGCCCCGUGUAUGGCGUGCGCCUCCAUGAGAGCCUUACGCGCUGGACCAACAUUAUCGACAUAUUCAGAUUGGAUGUUCUUGGUCUGACCUACCCGGCUGCGUGCCUCGGAUCGAUGCACACCCGGCUGCUGAUCACCGCACUGUGGCCAAUUGUUGCGAUAUUGCUUGGCGCCGCCGCCCUUUCUUCCCACGCCAUCGCGGUGUGGCUCUUAUCUGGUCGCGCCGACAUAGCCCGGCGCGACCUUGCUCGGGCAACGCUGGGCCGAAUGCUCUACUUGGCCAUCUUUGUAGUCUACCUCGUACUGCCCUCCGUCUCUCGCUCCAUCUUCAAGGCGCGCCUGUGCGAGUCGUAUGACAUAAACGUCUUCACCGGCGCGCGGCGCAGCUUCCUCGUGGCCGACCUCGACGUCCUCUGCAGCGACGACGACCCGGUGUUCCGCGGGCUGGGCGCGAUAUUUUGGGCCCUCUUUGGUGUCUGGCCGGUGCUCGCUCCGCUAACCUUCCUCGCGCUGCUACUCUCGAUUCGCCCUGCGGUACGGGCGAAACGUAUCAGCCCUCUCGCCCGAGCGUGUCGCUUCCUCUGGCGCGACUAUGACGCGGACUUCCUCUUCUGGGAGGUGUUUGACCUCGCGCGCAAGCUCUUCCUCGCUUCGUUGGUGCUCUUCAUCGACCAAGAGUACGGCUCGAGUAAGAUGCUUCGCCUCGUCGUCGCCACCGUCGUCUCGGCCCUCUUCCUGGCCGCCCUCGCACUCGCCCGGCCCUUCAAGCGGUCCGAUGAUCUCUACCUCGCGUGCGUUGCAAACCUGCUGCUCACUUGCUGCUUCUGUCUUGGGACCGUGAUUCAGCUCUGCGGCGAGGACAAUGACCAGUGCUACCAGCUCGUCGGCCUCAACGACGCGCGCAGGGCCAGCGAGUUUGUCAUCGGCCUAACGGCCGCGAUGCUCGUCGCGUCACUGACAAUCAUCAUCUUGAAAGCAGUCACCGCCGUCACCGCGCCCACGCUUCGCCUCGUCGCCACCGGCCGCGCUCCGAUCCUCGAACUGCCGUCCGGCUGCCACUUCCACGGCUUUAUCUCUCACGCGUGGGGAACUGGUCAAGACCAGACGCACACUGUAGUGCGGCAGCUGCAGCUGUUGAUGCCCGGCGUCCGGAUCUGGCUAGACGUCGACAACUUGGACGACGUGGGCAAACUCGAGGAGUCGGUGGCCGACUCGGCAACCUUCAUCAUCUUCCUGAGCGCCGGCUACUUUAGGAGCUGGAACUGUCGCCGCGAGCUGUAUGCGGCGCUGGCCUCGAAGCGGCCGUUUAUUGUUGUGCACGAAGCGGACACGGCCAAGGGAGGCGCCUCGAUCCAGGCGCUCCGGGACGAGUGCCGCGAGAGCUGCGUCGAGGUCGCCCCACCUGCCUACCCCUCCUACAGCGGGCCAGACGAGGUGCUCGCGUGCGUAUUUGACGAGGCGGAUCCGAUCGUGUGGGUGCGAGUGCACGAUUUCCAGGUGGAGUCGCUCAAGGAGAUCGCGCUGCGCAUGCUUCGCCACACCCCGUACUACGCGCGACACAACAGCGAGCUCGCGCCGGGCGUCGCGGUGCCGGGCGAGGUUGGGCCGUUUGCCUUAAGCAGCCCAAUCACUGUCCUUGUGUGUCGCGACAACAAGGGUGCCUUCGACGUGGCAAGGGAGGUCAAGGCGGUUGCGAGGGAGGGGCGAGGCUCUGCUGCGACCAAUGCUGAGGCAUUCACGAUCCGCGAGGCGGAUGACGCACUCGAGAGAGCCAAUGCCGCACCGCUCCAGGGGCGCGCCGUAUUGCUGCUUUACCUGAACGAGAAGACCUUUCUUGACCCGUCCGGCACCGUCGCGCGCAUCGUGCAAACGGCAAUGGACCGUGGCAUUGCCAUCGCUCCAGUCGCCGAGCAGGACCCUGCCAGCGGCGGUUGCGCGUUUCGGCAGUUUUUUCAACAGACGCCGCAGGUGCUGCAGCAGCCGCCGUACAAGCUCUUCGACACGCUGGCCGUGCCGCUCUACCCUUCCUCGCAGCACCGCAAAGCUGCAACGCAGGGAGUCCCGACUCGAGCUGCGAGCUAUGACGUGCAAGAGGAAGCGGACGCCCUCGCCCUGCACCGCGAGCGUGUGCUCAAGUCGUUGCGGCCGCUCGUCAAAGAGCCCACCGCGACUGCGUCCACCGCCCCCGCCGUCUGGGCCUUCUCGCGAGGGCUUAGCGCUUGA